AUGUUCUCUCAGUUUGAUCUCAGAAUGGGUUACCAUCAAGUGGGUGUGUCAGAGGAAAGUAUACCGCUUACUACUUUUCAGACUCGAUAUGGGUUGUACGAAUUUCCUACUUUGAGGGAGCAGCAAUUAUACGCUAAGUUCAGUAAGUGUCACUUUUGGGAGAAAGAAGUUCAGUGUUUGGGACAUGCUGUGUCCAAACAAAGGAUAGCGGUAGAUCCUAAGAAAGUUGUUGCGGUCAAAGAAUGGAAGCAACCUACAAAUCCUUCAGAUGUGAGGAUUUUUUUAGGACUAGCUGGUUAUUACAGAAGAUUUAUAGAGAAGUUUCCCACUAUUGCAGUACCCAUGACCAUGUUGACCCGCAAGAAUGUGAAAUUCUUAUGGACAGAUGAUUAUGAGAGAGCUUUGCAGGAGUUAAAACAGCAGUUGACUACAACACUGGUGUUAACUAUACCAGUACAAAGGGAAAAGUUAGUUGUGUUUACUGAUGCGAGUGGAACUAGGUUGGGAUGUGUGUUAAUGCAGCAUCAGAAGAUUGUAUCUUAUGUUUCUUGA